GGCGGCUACCCGGAAGAGCUUCUCGCAGCGCCGCCGAGUGACGUCUGCUCGUGCGAACUGCGGGGAGUUUCCACACUUUCGCCACCAACUUCUCGGUCUUGCUUGACUCGCGUCCGUUAUCCCCGCAGACGGUCUGAAAUGGACCCAAACACGUUUCUCUACAACGUCCCCCUGAUGCUCAUCGACCGGUUUUGUAAAAUUAUGGACACUGGCUGUCAUCGCUAUGGUUGGCGAGCAUUAGCCUCCCGAAUCCUCCCAAGCUUCACGGAGGUUCGCCAGUACGAGCGCGUGGAGGCCGCAGGUCGCAGUCCCACCGAGGAGUUGCUUUGGUCGUGGGCCCAGCAGAACGCGCGAGUGGGGGACCUGCUCAAAGUACUGAAGGACAUGGACCACUAUCGGGCCAUACAGCUCUUUCAGGGCCAAUUUCAGGCCGUCAAAGAUUGUCUGUGUUUUCCACGAAAAGCCCAGCCGCCGAUCACUUUGCGGGACAUCCGAGCGGGGACCCGAGAUUUUCACCCCGAAAUGAGAAUUUCAGAAGGCAGCUUCUCUGACGUCUACCUGGCACGGAUCGGAGGAGACACCUUUGCGGUCAAGCUUUUCAAACAGGUCCAUAAUACGUCAUGGAAGACUCUCUGGGAUUUUUUCCAAAAAGAAAUGGAAAUCCACCAAUUGUGCCGACAUCCCAACGUUUUAGUGUCGCUGGGCUGCUUUUCGGACGAGAGGCGCUACUGUCUGCUGUAUCCCUACCUGGCGAAAGGAUCGCUCUUUCGUAGGCUCCAUCGACGGAGCAAUGUGCCCCCUUUAUCCUGGGAAGAACGUUUCUCCAUUAUAAAGGGGGUGGCAAAGGCCUUACAUCACCUCCAUACGUCCCAAGCAUGUGCGGUUAUUUGCGGGAACGUGUCCAGUUCCAACGUACUCCUGGACGACACUUUGCAACCUAAACUGUCCGACGUCUGCCUGGCCCGACUCCGCCCGCAUUCGGUGGACCGGCGUCGCACCGCCACCCUGGACGCGGGUUUCCACAGCCACCCGGGGUACCUCCCCGAGGAGUACCUCCGAAAUGGCAAACUCUCCACCGGCCUGGAUGUUUUCAGCUUUGGAACGGUCGUCAUGGAAACGAUGACGGGGCGCAAAGCGGUCGAGCAGCUACCGAAACACACGCUGCUGAGGGAUUUGCUCACCUCUGAAGCGGAGGACAGCGGCAGCGUGGACUCCUGCCUGCAGUUUUUGGACCCGUCGGCCGGUCGAUGGCCGCCGUCUUUGGCCCGCAGUCUUCUGGAUCUUUCCUUGAAAUGCGUCGCAAGCCACAAUUCCAGACCCAGCAUGGAGAACGUGCUCCAGGCAUUGAGCCGGCUGCUUCCACCGCCACCCAGCUUCUCCUCUCCAGAUCGGCCCCGCAGCCUGGACGACGGCCCCUCGCCCAGCAUCCCCGAGGAGCACGACGAACUGCUCAGCGUGCCGGGCUCUCCGGCGCGGCCCUGCGAAUGCAGCCAGUCCGAGGUGACGUACAGGAGCGUCACCGAGCCCGAGAACGCACCGGCCAAAGGAGUUGGAGGCCCGUCGUACAAAAGCUUGCCGGUCCAGUGCAGCUGCCAAGCCGAAACAGGAAGUCUAUCCUGUGAGGACUGCAGGGCGAAUGGUUUUAGCAGCACUAGCCUGGACUCAGCGUAACUCUCCAUUUUUGUUGUUGGUUUUUUUUUUUUAUGUUUGACGGAAGGAGUGAGAUAAACUCAAAUGCUGUCAGCUGUAGAAAUCAUUUCACUGUUUUUCUGCAGACACUUUUAAAACCAGUGUUAGCCAUAUUGUUCGAUGACCUCUCGCCCUCAAAUCGUGGCGGCAAUAAGUCACCGCUGUAUCGUCCAUAUAUGGUCGUAACAGUUCUCCGCUAACCAGUCAUGAGUCUGUAAUCGAUGCUUCUUUUGGGUUAUCAUCUGUUUAGUUCUCUUUGCUCCUAACUAAAUAAAUGACACUGGUCGCUGUUUGAGGAAAUAUAACCCGCUCCGAUAAAUUUCCUGGAAUUUGGUCUGUAUAGAUUUUGAAAAUGCUAAAUGUCUCUUUGCUACUGUAUCAUCCCUCAGUGGCGCGUUAUCGUAAGUUAAACACACAGAAACCCUCUGUGUAAUAACCAAACCUUAAUAUUGUGACUUUAUGAUGACAUCUGACAGUUUUUUCCCCCAAAUAUUGUCAUGAUGAAAUGCUCGUGUUGGUAUUACAAUGUCCCUUUGCUAAUGAAGUAAACCCGGACGUGAUUGAUGUCCACCCAAGAAGGUUUAGAAUUGCCGAUAGAUGCCUGAAAAUGGCUGCAUAGCACUUUUUUCCCGUUAGACAAGGCUAUGUGGCAUAAAUAGUUCAUUGGCUACAAGAUGGAACCAAAGCAAGAUUUUUAUAUGACAUGGUUUUAUGGGGGCAAUUGUUUUGUUCGUGGGUCGAGAAUGGUUCUGUCGGCGUCGCAGCAAGUCGCCCUGGCGUUCACGGCCGUGCUGUUCACGUUCGUCGUCCUGCCGAAGAUGUUCGGCGUCGGCACGGGGGC